CGGCAGGAGUGUCCAAAAACAUUACUCAAGAUGGCGGUAGAGGUCACUCGUUGAAUGCAGAUUGUCUUUAUCGAAAACAAUAGGGCUAGCCAAUAAAAUUUGAGUUGAGUAUGGGAAAACAUAAAGGGAAAGCUAAAGUGGCUCCGCCUCGACAUAAACUUAGUAAGAGUUCAAGGUUUGAAGCUGCUUGGAAUGGCACAGAAGACUUUGAUGGAGACGAGAUGACUACACGCGAUGAUGGUAAGAAAAAGGAUUAUGGCAGAGGAUUUCCUUUUCCUUUGGCCAUGUGGGAUUUGGAGCACUGUGAUCCAAAGAAGUGUUCAGGAAGAAAGCUCUCAAGACUUGGCUUUGUGAAAACACUUAAAAUUUCCCAAAGGUUCAAUGGUCUGAUUUUAAGUCCCUUGGGAAAGCAGUGUGUUUCACCUCAGGACCACACCCUCGUUAUGGAUCAUGGAAUAGCUGUUAUUGACUGCUCGUGGGCCAAAUUGGAGAGCACACCAUUUGGGAGGAUGAGAGGAGGUCACAUGCGCCUGUUACCAUAUUUAAUUGCUGCAAACCCUAUCAACUAUGGAAAGCCCUGUAAAUUGUCUUGUGUAGAAGCAUUUGCUGCCACGUUGUACAUCAUUGGGCAACAAGAUCUUGGUUCUACAUUGUUGAAGCGUUUUAAGUGGGGGACGUCAUUCUAUGCAUUGAAUAGGACUCUGCUAGACCGCUAUGCUACUUGUUCAUCCAGCAAAGAUGUUGUGAAAGCUCAGGAUAAAUGGCUGGAAGAAAUGGAAGAAGAACAAAAUGCUCAGUCAUCACAAGAUUUGAUGGACAUUGAUAUGACCAAGGAACAUUUUAACCCAAAUCGGCCCAUUUUGAGUGAAAAUGAGUCAAGUAACAGUAACAGCGACGAUGGUGAUGAUGUUGACGUUGACGAUGACGAUGUGGAUACGGAUGAAGCAACGGAUGAUGAUAUCGAGAAUGGACACGAAAGUGAUGAAGAUGAAAAGGCUGAACUGAAUUUUGGUAUUGUUAGAAAAGAAAACGGACAAGAAGAAACAGAAGAUCGACAAUUACUAGAAAGAGACGGAACUGAAGGUGCGUCGUGCGGUAUUAGUUCUGCUGAAGAUGAACAUUUCGGGGAUUGUUUUGGCAAGGGAAACUUGCCAGGAAAUGAUCACAGUGUUGACUCUCCCGUUGGCGAUGAUACGCUGGAAAUAACCAGAAGGACCGAACUUUUUCAUUUGAAUGAUAGAUAGUACCGGUUUUAAAUUUGCGAAGCUGGCAAUUCACGGACCAAUGGUGUCUUUAAUCCUGAAACUAAUAAAAUGUCUAAAAUAGAA